GCGCCGCAUUAUCUCUCUUUUAAUCUUUUCUCUUCAUUCCCUAAAUUCCCAAUCUCAUUUCCGAAUUCCAAUCUAAAUAGGUAACUUCUUCAUUUCCUAAUUCUCAAUCUCAUUUCCUAAUUCCCAAUCUCAUUUCCUAAUUCCAAUCUAAAUAGGUUCCUUCUUCAUUUCCUAAUUCUCAAUCUCAUUUCCGAAUUCCUAUCUAAAUAGGUAACUUCUUCAUUUCCUAAUUCUCAAUCUCAUUUCCUAAUUCCAAUCUGAAUAGGUUUCUCCGCUCUGAUAUAAUAAGGCUUAACGAUAUCCGCCGCUGCAGUUUUUAUUCUUUUCUCCUCUCAUUACCGCAACCAACCAUGGAUCAGAAAAGAAGAGCAGAUCACCAUCAGAUCAAUCCUUCUUCUGGUUCUGAUCACUCAUUUGUGGUCAAAAGAGAACGAGGUUACAAGACUGUAAAGGAGUUUCUUGAGAAACUUCACACUUUUGUGUUAAAGAACAAUGACUACUUUUGUGAUUUCAUCGGACAAGGAGGUAUUCGAUUCAAUGAGAGUAAACUGGGUGGAUUGAAAUUUCUCUUUGACACUAAAAAUGAAAGAGUCCAAGGACUAUCGAAGAGUUACUCAGCCUUCUUAAAGAGGUUACGAGCAUACAAUAUGCUGGAGAAGCAGGGUGACAAGUGGACUUUCAGGAAUACCCAUUUCAAGCAAGUAAACUCAAACCUUGAAGCAAUGUUGAAAGAGAAAAUAUGCCAUGAUGAUAAUGGUGGUGAUGAUGAUGAUGCAGACCUACUACCACUAGCCCCAAAAACAUCUAACAGGGUAGCAGCAGCAACACCAUCUAUUAGGGUAGCAGCAGCAGCACCAUCUAUUAGGGUAGCAGCAACAACGCCAUCUGCAGCUAUCAAUCUUGCACGCCAACUCCAACUGAAGAUGGAGAGUACAGAAAGACAUUUGUCCAAGUCUAGACAGGAGCAGACUCUGGCGGCUGAGGACUUUAAAAGCUCCAAGGACCUUUUGCUUCAGUUAGAUAAGAAGAUGCCAGCACAAGCAGGCUUGCCUAAUGCAGUCAUAGCGCAGUUAAUUGAGAAUAUGCUGCAUAGAGGAGUAAAAAGAUGGGCACCCAAGGUCCCAGUCACUAAGGCAGUAGUUGAUUUUUCUUCUUCAACUAUUGGAAUGCCAAUGGAUGUCCGCAAUCUUAGGUCGGUAUUCAUCGGAGAUACGAUAGCUCGCUUCCUGAAGUUUGCAGAUGUCCAGGUGCUUCCAGUUAGCCAUGUUUUCGAUUCUGGAUAUCAGCUCGGAGGCUGGAUCGAAAGCUUGAUUGAGUCGUUCCCCGACUGGGAGGAUUCUGAUGUGCAAGCUAUUGUGGAUCACUUCAGGUCGUCGAAUUUCUUUGAGACAUCGUUUUCCAAGUUGGUGCGUGAUUCUAGUUUUAGGAGCAAGGCGUCGAAGGCGAAUCAUAUGCUCAGGGUAAAAAUAUGGAAAAUUUGCUGUUUGGUCCUAAGCCCAUAUAUUUAGUUAUAGUAGGGUCCAACCGGGUUUUAGACUUAUCACUAGGUCCAUAAUAUUUUCAAAAGAGCAAAAUGACGAGCUUACCCUAGUAGUUACCACGUGUGAAGAAUGCACCCACUAUCUAUUCCCGUACAAAACCGCUGAAACGGUCAGAAAAAUCAUUCGUUUGUCUUUCCCUUACCACCAACUUCUUACGGUUUUCAAAGAGAAAAAAAUUUCUCUUCACAGAGAGAAUUCAGAGAAUCAAAAACCAAAUUCAUUUAGAGAUUUUUGAGACAACAGAUCUCAAAAAUCAUUCAGAGAUUUUUGCUAGUUUGAAAAACCCUAAACCUAUAUUUCUCUUCUCUUCCGAUAAUGGUUAAAACAAGAAAAAUCACAAGAACAAUCCAAGAAGAAGAAACAAUAAUGGAUGAUAGCACUGCUCCUAGAACAUCAGAAGACGAUUCAAGAAUUUCAAGACGAAAAUCAAAGAGAAAAAAGAGUAAAAAGGUUGAAACACCAAAAUCGAAGAAAAAAGGUACUGAUUCAGAAAACCUAUCAGAGUUUACAUGCAACUUCUACUUUGUGUUUCUAGCACUUAGAAUUGGCAGUACAUAACUAUAAAACUGUAGAAUAAGAAUCAAAAGUGAUAUGCAAUUUGUUUCAUUUUAUUUCUGAUACAUAGAGCCAGCAGUACAUAUAUCAAAUACUGAGGUUUUUUCUUAAUUAGGUUGUUUUUUGACAGUACAUAAGUCCAAUAGUGAAUGGGUAACAUUUUUUAUGUGUCUAUUUACCACUGUUUGUGUUUCUGGCACAUAAUUGGCAGUACAUAACUAAAAAACUGAGACAUUGUAGUGUUUAUGUACUCUAAAUUCAUCUGUUUCUUUGUUUAUGUGAUAAUGAUCUUUGUAUAUGAAGUACAUAAGGCCAAUAGUGAUUGAUUGUGUUUCUGAGA